AUGGAGAAGCUAAAGACGCUGCUUAUUGCGAAUCGUGGUGAGAUCGCGGUCCGCAUAUGUAAGACGGCGAAGAAGCUCAACAUCAAGACUAUCGCCAUCUACUCCGAGGCCGACGCUGCGUCCCAGCAUGUGCGGGAUGCAGAUGAAGCAGUACUACUUCCCGGCAACAAUGCAACAGCAUACACAGACGCAGAUGCCGUGUUGCAAAUAGCAAAAGACAAAGGCGCAGAUGCUGUUAUUCCCGGCUACGGCUUUCUAUCAGAAAAUGCGGAUUUCGCGCGACUAGUUGGUGAUGCGGGGAUUGCGUGGGUGGGACCAUCACCUGAGGCGAUUGAAGCGUUUGGUGUCAAGCAUACUGCAAGGGAACUUGCAGAGGCGGCGAGCGUACCCAUUGUACCAGGAACAAAGGGCCUGGUUGAAAAUGAAGAAGAAGCUGCGAAAGAAGCUGAGCGGAUUGGGUUUCCUGUUAUGCUCAAGGCAACAGGGGGAGGUGGGGGUAUGGGACUUAUCACGUGCAACAAGGUUGAGGAGGUGCGGGAUGGAUUUCGUAUGGUGCAGUCGAGAGGAAAGACGCUAUUCAAGAACCCUGGUGUCUUUAUCGAGGCGUUUUACCCGGCUAGCCACCAUAUCGAAGUCCAGGUGUUUGGCAACGGCCAGGGCCAAGCGAUACAUUUUGGCGAGCGAGAGUGCUCAAUUCAACGCCGCCACCAAAAGGUUAUUGAAGAGUGUCCGAGCCCUUUUGUUGAGAAACACCCCGAGUUGCGCAAGAAGCUGGGUGAUGCUUCUGUGCGGCUUGCGGAAUCUAUCAAGUAUGGGUCUGCAGGCACGAUUGAGUACUUGGUCGAUGACAAGUCUGGAGAUUUUUUCUUCCUGGAAAUGAAUACGAGAUUGCAGGUUGAACAUGGUAUUACGGAGCUGUGCUACAAAGUUGAUUUGGUCGAGCUUAUGCUUAAGCAGGCGGAUGCACAGCUUGCUGGGAGACAUGGGUUGGAUGGCAAGACGUUGAAAGAUAUGCAGCCUGCGGGUCCUUCUGGAGCGGCUAUUGAGGCGAGGAUAUAUGCUGAGAACCCGCUCAGAGAUUAUGCUCCUUCGCCGGGUUUACUGCAGAAGGUUCAGUGGAAGGAUGUCCCUGGUGGGCGCAUUGAUACGUGGGUGUUUACAGGUGUAAGGAUUACGCCGAAUUAUGACCCCCUCAUAGCCAAGACAAUGGUUCAUUCUCAAUCCAGGGACGACGCAAUCGCCUCAAUGAUAGAUCUCCUCACACAAUCCCUCAUAAGCGGACCACCAACCAACCUCGAAUUCCUAGUCUGUAUCCUGGACGACGCUCGAUUCAAAAAAGGCAACACAAUGACUAGUUUCCUCAAGGACUUCAAAUACACGCCCCAUGCCAUUGAUGUGAUAUCAGCGGGUGCAUACACUCUUGUCCAAGACCUCCCCGCAAGACCAACAGUCGGCAAAGGUGUACCUCAUUCCGGACCAAUGGAUCCAAUAGCCUUCCAAAUUGCAAACAUGCUUGUGGGAAAUUCUCGGACAAAAGAAGCCUUAGAACUCACUUUGACGGGACCAGAGUUACGAUUCGUAGGUCCGGCCAUCGUAGCUCUGUGCGGUGCACCAAUGGAAGCAACCCUGGGCGACAACGAGUUUCCAAUGUGGACAAGCGUGAAGAUUGAGGCUGGACAGAAACUCAAGAUUGGAAAGACAACUGGCGGUGGCUGCCGCUCUUACCUAGCUAUCUACGGCGGGUUUCCUUCAGUGGUAGAUUACUUUGGCUCAAAAUCGACGUCCCCGCUUGUUGCUAUUGGGGGAUACCAGGGCCGCGCGCUUGCACCGGGUGACUUGCUGCAGAUAACAGACAAAAUCCCAGAGUUAUUCACAAGCAUAUCGCUUCCUGAGCAUCUCCGCCCAGCGUACAAGUCGAAAUGGGAGAUCAGGGCCAUGGUUGGUCCACAUGACGAAGGCUAUUUCGAUCCAAAAUUCAUUGAGCAAAUCUACAAUACCGAUUGGAAGGUCUCCCACAACGCUUCUCGAAGUGGUAUUCGUCUGGUUGGCCCAGUACCAAAAUGGGCACGCAAAGAUGGUGGCCAGGGUGGUGCUCAUCCAAGCAACCUGAUUGAAUAUGGAUAUCCGCUCGGUACUUUGAACUGGACAGGAGAUGACCCGUGUAUAUUUCCGGUCGAUUGUCCAAACUUUGGUGGCUUCACGAGCAGCACGACGAUUAUCAGGGCAGACUGGUGGAAACUGGGACAACUCAAAGCAGGAAAUACUAUUCGGUAUAUCCGUGUUGGGCUCGAAGAUGCGUUGAAGAAGCGAAAGUGGAACGAUAAUUUCUUAGACUCUGUUGAGAAGGCUAUCAAGAGCGGAGGCGCAUUCCAGGCGAUUGAGAAGCUGCAAGGCGCGCAUUGCGACUUCCAUAUGGGUGAUAUUGGAAAGGCUGUUAUAUGGGAAAAGCCAGAGGACGCCAGCACUCCUCAAGUCAGAUAUCGUCAAGGAGGAGAUGAUCACCUUUUGAUUGAGUACGGAAACGAGAACUUUGAUCUCAAUCACCGGUGUCGUGUCACGGCUCUUGAAAAUGCUAUCCGCUCCGAGUCGACUCCAGAAAGCAUCAGAUCCAAUCUCUUCAACACAGUCGGAUGCUGCACCUCCCUCCUCCUUUUCUACGAUGGCUCUAAAGUCCCCCGAGCAGAUCUAAUCGCCCACCUCCAGUCCAUCGAGUCCCAACUCGGCGACCUCCGAAGCACAAAAGUUCCCACUCGCGUCUUCAAACUCCCCAUCUCCUUCGAGUCCAAACUCCAAGACGAAGCAACCCAACGCUACAUGACCAAUCAACGCCCACACGCCCCCUACCUCCCGGACAACCUCGCCUUCGUAGCAAAAAACAACGCUCUAACCCCCCAGCAACUCAAACAGAUUUACCUCACUGGCCAAUUCAUGGCCGUCGUCGUCGGCUUCUUCUGCGGCAAUACUGUUUCCCUCCCCGUCGACCCCCGCCACCGCAUCUCCGCACCCAAGAUGAAUCCCAGCCGCGUCUUCACCCCCGAAGGCACCGUCGGCUGGGCUGGAAGCUGUAUGUCCAUCUACCCGGUCGACUCACCAGGCGGCUACCAAAUGACCGGACGCACAGUCCCCUGCUGGGACUACUACUCCUACAAACCCGGGUUCGACGGCAAACCCUGGAUCUUCCGCGACUUUGACAUUCUCACCUUCUACCAAGUUAACGAGCAGGAGCUGGAUGAGUUACUAGGACGGUUUCGCGCGGGAAAGUACGAGUGGGAGUACAAAGAGGUUGAGUUCGAUAUGGCGGGGCAUAAUGAUGUGUUGGAGAAGACGAAAGAGGAGGUUAGGACGAUUAGGGAGAAGCAGGCGGAGGCGCAGGAGGAGAUGAAUAAGGCGGAGCACGAGAGUUUGGAGAGGUGGAGAAGGGAAAAGGCGGAGAGUGGGGUUGAUGAGGGGACGGUGGAGAAGUUGCUGGAUAACCCCAAUAUUGUGGGUGUGGAGGCGCCGGUUGAUGCUAAUGUGUGGAAGGUCGAGGUUAAGGAGGGGGAUGUGGUUGGGGAGGCGACGGUGAUUGUCAUUCUCGAAGCGAUGAAAUUGGAAAUCGCAGUCAAGACACCCGAGUCUGUGGCUAAAGCGGGCAAGAUCCAGGUCGAGAAGGUACUUGUGAAACCGGGUGAUACUGUGAGUGCCGGUGGGCAUUUGGCAUUGUUGAGGAAGGAGUGA